CCGUGGUUUCUUUGCACAGCUAAUGAAUUACCAUAGUUUCGACCAUGACGCCAUGGCCACGUCAGACAUGCUGAAGCAGCAGUCUUAUGGCCACCAUUCCACAUAUCGAAACGAACCUUCAGAGUUUGAUUUUUUUUCAUUAGUAGAGAAUGGAGUGGACUCCCACCAUCUCUCCAAUGACCAGCUGCACCAAGCCAUUCAUGCCAAUCAGAAGUUCAUGUCCAACCUGCCUCAACUCACUCCUGAUACUACUGAAGGAAAUCGCACUGGUAGCUCUGUGCUGACUGGUCAUAACCCGGACUAUGCUACCAUGUCACCACUGAAUAUGGCUACGAAUCCCGAGAAUGCUGAAGAGUUUCACACCCCAUUGCAAACCAGUACAAGGUAUACGAACCAUGACGAAUUUCAUAAUAUCAUGGAUGAUGAGAACUUCUUCACACCGUUAGUGUCACCUGCCAUUACACCGGUGUUCAAUGGGGGAUACUCCAAUACCACGAUGGCCAGUAUGAACCAUGAUGUUCAUUUCUCGCCACUUUCUUCUCCGGCACUGCAUCCUCACCAGUCAUCACCUCACUUUUUCGGUGAUAUGCAAUCGAAUGGUCAUCAAGAGGACGGACAAUCAGCUGAGGCUAUUUUGCAGCGUAAGCUUGCCCUGAUCGAACAGCAGCAGCAGCAUUUAUUAGCCCUGCAACAGCAACAGCAACAAAAAAUGCAGCAAUCUGCCUCGUCACCCAGAUUGCAAUCAACUAGCAAUAACAACAAGCGAGGAGCAAGGUCCAAUUCUAUCAAAUCUCCUUAUCAAAAUGGUUACAAUGGUAAUGUCAAACGACAAGCAACGCUUAGACAAAAAAUUGCUAUGGCUAGUCCCCAACUCAAAAGCUCCAUGGUUAGUCAAACGGAUGGAAGAUCAAACGGUGGAUAUCAAACCCUAGGCAAUAUGGCCCAUAUGUCACCUUUACAGCAGUCUGCAUCUUCACCUAUGCUGGAUUCAAGUAUGCCACCACCAUUACCGCAAACAUCCUACUCAGCUGCAUCACCGCAUGCACUUCGACCAGCAAUGUCGUCAGCACCAUCUUCACCAACCUCGCUGGCACCCGCAACCCCUGCAUCGUUAAUGAAGCUCAAUGGAGGUAGAGGAAGUGGAUCCAAUAGUGUGUCAUCAUCGCCGUCAAGCAAUGCCAAUGCAGGCGACUUGGGGUCAGUCGAUCAUAUGCCUAGUUUACCUGAUGCCAUUUUACCUAUGGUACUGGAUGCGCCACCUCAGUAUCCCUUGUCAUCACCGUCUCUCAAACCCACCUCGAACAGACGGCGAAGCAGUACCAAUCGGAAAAACAAAAAGGAACCAUUUGCUUCACCAGCUAUUGCCCCUAAUUUUGGUCUCUCACCGAGAAUGUCCAUGAGUGAUCCAACCAUCAUUAUGUCACCAGCCGCCCUCCGACCUCAAGUAUCCCAAUCUCCACGGGCUCUCAAGCCCUUAAUAUCCCCAUCUCUCAAGCCCAAUUGGCCACCUACUCCAAACUCAGGUGUAGUGGACCAAGAAGCAGCGGCCCACAUUUUGGCUUCCAAGAGUAAUUAUCAAAACUUACGAGAAGGCAAGAUUGCCAGUUUGGGGAUGCAGUUUUCACCCAGUAUUCAUUCUGGCAUUGAGAUACGACGAACUGCUCACAAGGCGGCAGAACAACGACGAAGAGAUACCCUGAAGAAAAGCUUUGAUUGCUUACGAAAUGAAAUUGUUGGAUCGCUUGUGAAUGAAACCGUUCAAGGAGCUGAAGAUGACGACUCGACUGACACUGUGGUCGAAGAUGAAGUGCGCAAGGAGAAGGAGAAGGAAGUCAAACAGAUGAGCAAAGUUGUUCUGUUACAGCACUCGUUUGAGUACAUUGUGCGACUCAAGGACGAUAAUCGAUUGAAAGAUAGCAAGCUUGACCGUGUGACGCAGAAGCUUCGUGAGCUUAGAAAACAAUCUGGUCUCCCCGAGGUCACGGAAGAGGAAAUGGAAGAGGAACGGGAAGAAAAGGCUGAAGCAAGGCGUCGACGUAUUGAACGAACCGAACGCCUGGCCUCCUCUCAACGAGAAGAAGAAGAGAACAAUGGAGAUACUUCACGUCGCUCAAGUACUCGAAGCAAUGAUGUUGAAGAGAGCGAGUAACGGCCCACCCUCCUCGACAAAAUUUUCCUUCUACCAUUUCCUUGCUACCACACUUGCUAAGUUAUAAAGGUUUUCAAUCCUUGACCCCUUCAUCUAUAGAUUUUUUUCAAUUUCUUCGUUAUUUCCUUUUUUUUUUUUUUUUGCUUAUUACUUUUUUGAUUUUAUCCCGUUUUUGCAUCGUUGCUCUAUAUAUUUUUUGGCAUAUCUCACCAUAUUUUUGGAAGUUUGCUCCGCCGUACUUCACUGAUUUGUAUCAACUUUUUCAGUUUUCUAUUCAAGUGUAAUGUAAUAAUCCUUCUCACAUUGAGAAGGUCUUUCCAACCCAUC